AUGAGAUCGUUCAUCGAUCCAACUUCGACGACCUCCUCGACGUCCAGCAUGACAUGGCCGCCCUCAAGAACUACGACGACAAGUACUAGCGCGACCUCUUCGACUCCUGCGUUGGCAAGACCACCUGGCCCUACGGCUCCGACAUCUGGAGCAAGAAGGAGUGGGUCUUACUCAAGAUCGACAGCGACGAUAUCGUCUCCUCCUUCGAAGGUAACUCCAAUCUCUUCUAGGCUGAGCGUUAUGGUAAACAAUUUCUGCGCAUGA